AUGCCGAUGAUCGAGGUCCUCGCCAACGACCGGCUGGGGAGAAAAGUCCGAGUCAAGUGCUCGCCAGAAGACACGAUCGGCGACCUGAAAAAGCUCAUUGCUGCGCAGACGGGGACACCACCCCAGAAGAUCAUCCUCAAGAAGUGGUACACCGUCUACAAGGAUCACAUUACACUGGCGGACUACGAGAUCGCAGAUGGCUUCUCGUUCGAAAUGCAUUGA